AUGGCGUCCAAGUCAACACCAGGCAUUUUGUACGUGACUAUGCAGCCCAAAGAGGGUCUGCCAGAAGCACAAUUCCACGAUUGGUACCAAAACGAACACGGUCCCAACCGGCUCCGCCUGCCAUUCUGCAACAAUGGCUUCCGCUACCGCGCAACUGAUCUCGAGAGUGCACCUGGCUCAAAAGAUAAGCCUGAGUGGAUGGCUGUUUACGACUUUGACGAGCUUGAAUGGUUGACAAGGGAACCGUAUCUAAAACUUCGUAGUGCGCCAGUGCAGUCGCAACGGGAGAGGGAUACUAUGAAACAGAUUUUCGUGGAUAGAAGAUCCUAUGAUCUGCUCAAGGAAUGGAAGGGCAACGACUUCAAGGACCUACAGAAAGUGGAGAAUGAGGGCGAGAAGAAUGUCAUGAUUGCUGUGAGCUUCGCGCUGCAGGAUGGUGCAGGUAAAGAGGAGGAGCUGAAGAAGUGGUACGAGGAAGAACAUGUACCACUUCUGCAAAAGGUUCCCGGGUGGAGACGGACAAGGAGAUUUGUCACUUCAUAUCUAGAUCUUGAAAGCGGACACAAGACGGAGAAGGAAUAUCUCGCGCUGCACGAGUAUGCGCCGCAGAACGGACUUGGAGGACCAGAGUUCAAGGCGGCUACCACAACAGAGUGGUGCGACAAGAUCUACAAGGACGUAGUCAAGGACCGGAAGAGGAGGGUAUACGAGCUAUACUACACAUUUGGCGCCGCACAGCGUGAUCUGCAGAGUCUCGCAAGCAAAGACACAUUUGCCGUAGAGACAACAGAGGGCAAGGUGAAGACGCACCCGGCACACACCACAGCCGAGCAACGACCAGUGAUAGAAAGCUUCGUCACAACAAAAGACGGCGUCGAACUCCCCUACCGACUCGAAGGUUCCAGCGACCCCAACGCACCACUGCUCGUCCUCGUAAACAGCAUCCUAGUCGACUACGGCAUCUGGGACGACUUCGUCCCCGAAUUCCUCAACCUCACAAACAACAAGUACCGCAUCCUACGCUACAACACCCGCGGCCGCAACACCCUACCCGCAGACUCCACAUCCCCGAUUACCGUGCACACACUCGCAGAAGACGUAAUCACGCUCCUCGACGCCCUCCGCGCCAAAACAGCCUCAAUCAUCGGCGUCUCGCUCGGCGGCGCCACAGCCCUCAACGCGGGCCUCUCCUACCCAUCCCGCAUCUCCGCCUUCAUCGGCUGCGACACCAACGCCUUCGCGCCCGCCACCAACGCCAAAGCGUGGAACGAGCGCGUCGAGGUCGCAGAAAAGGAAGGCCUGAAAACGGCAUCUGGCGAGCCCAUUGUCGGCGAGGAACUCGCAGAAGUCACGGUGCGCAGGUGGUUUGUCAAGGAAUCGUACGACGACGCUGAGCUGGCGAAGAAAAUCCAGCACGUCAAGGAUAUGGUCAAGACGAAUUCGCUACCUGGGUUCCGCGACUCGGUCAGGGCGCUGCACGAGUAUGAUAUUAGGGACAAGAUGGCGGGGUAUCAGGGCAAAGGCGCGUUCUUGGUCGGUGCGGGCGAUGGUGUAUUGCCCAAGACUAUGAAGGAGAAUAUGGCGGAGAAGCUGGGUAAAGGGGUUGAGCUCAAGGUUAUUGAUGGUGCGGGACACUUGCCCAUGGUAGAGAGGCCGCGCGAGGUUGCGCGGUUUGUGGCUGGGUUUCUAGAGGGUUAA